CACGGGGAAGGCUGGGGUGGAUGGGGGACUGGACAGAGGCCCAGGGGGAUUCCUAACCCUGAGUGAGGGCUGAGCCCUUCAGAGCAGGACAAGGUCCUGCCCUUGGGGCUGGGGACAGGGGGAGUUGGGGCUCUCUGUGCUGGCUUUUGGGCCUGUCCCUGCUUUGCCAAGAGACCCCCUGGGACCUGCUGCAGUGGGUUUGGACUUGGUGCAGUGAUGCCCAGAACCCACUGAGCAGGGGGUAGGGUUGAAGUCUGGGGUUUGUCAGUUCUGGUGGCUGUGACAUUACAGAGAACAGGUGACAGUGGAAGCCAUCCCCAGGGACAAUACCAGGAAACCACCCUGCAACCCCCACUUGGACUUGGGCAAUUGGCCAUGGCUGCAGCAACCACGUUCUUUGUGGCUCUGCUGACCAUCCUGCUCAAGCAGACACAAGACCUACGGACCAAUAUGAUCACAAUCCAGCAGAUGCAGCAGCGUAAGAAGUUUCUGCAGCAGGAGAUGAUGCAGCUGCUGCAGGAGAUUGGGUGGAUCAGGUCUCCACAAGAAGCCCCACUCCUCUCUGGGUUGCAGCUCUGUCUCUUCUGGGCUGCUGCAGUAGCCAUGCUCGUGGAGGUCUGCUGGCUGGCCUGGCAAAUGAAGUUUAGAACUUGUACCUGCUAUGAGCAGGACACCUCUGGCAGCGAGGAGGAAGAUGAUGAAGAGGAGAAAACCCGCAAGGGACAACGCCACAGUGUGAGGUUGUUUUCUGUCCCCAACGUAAUGUCAAUGCAGGGACUGUCUGACAUGUGCAGGGAUGUGAAGAAAAUGGUGCAUGACAUCCUCCGUGUCUGCCGAGUGCUUUCCAAGGACACUUUCAUGCCGGAGAUGCACCCGGCGACCGGGAAGAACGGCAUCCAUGAAUCCUGGAGUAUCUUCGAGGACCGAAUCUUGUACCAGCUGCUCGUGUUCCUGCAGCCACCCUCCAGGCACUCUUUCAAGCUGGAGCUCUACAGUGGGACACAUCUGCCAGAAAGGUGCUCCAACAUCCGUGUGGUGCUGGAGUGCACCUGCUUGAGGAAAAUGGAGAAUGUUCCGUGUUUUGUCCACCCCUCCAAGACCAAUGAGACAGGCCAGCACUCACCCCUGCUGCAGAACCUUUGCACAGGCUCCUACUUAGACGUGGAGGAAAUCGCCUGCUGGGUGCAGAACUCGGUGCAGACAGCCUGGGAGCAUCUGCCCCAGUGGCAGGACUGGCAGCUCACGGUGCUGCCCAGCUCCCACUCCUGCCGGCUGCUGCUGAGCGGCCCCUCCGACAUGCAGCUCUGUGCUGUGCUGGUGUUUGCCGUGGAGCAGGGCAGCCCAGGCACCUUCCUGAUCCUUCAGUGAGAGUGGGCAGCGUCCCCAGGCGCUGCUUUGGGCUGGGGCUGGGUGGGGAAUUGGGAGUAGGCACAGACAGACAGCUGACCCCAACUGCCCAAAGGGAUCUGCCGGACAAUAGAACAUUGAGCUCCUAAACCUGUGCUGACUUGGCUUGAUCCCUUGGUUAUCCCAUAUGUGCUGUGUAAUCACACUCAAGAUGAUUUGUUCCAUAACCUUGCUGGGCACCAAGGUCAGGCUGACAGGCCUGGAGUUCCCUGGAUUCUUCUUCCAGCCCUUGUGGAUGGGCCUCACACUGGCAGCUCCAGUUCUGGGACCUCCCCAGUUAGCCAGGACUGAUGAUGAAUGCUGGAGAGGGGCUUGGUGAACUCUUCUGCCUCCACAUGGAUUUCAGGGCUUUCAUUCUGCUCCACAUCCCUGUCUACCAGCUUAGGGCCAGUUGCCCAGGGGGUAACUGGUCUUACUGUUGAGGACUGAGGCAAAGAAGGUGUAAAGUACCUCAGCCUUUUCUCUCUUUGGUGACUGUGUUUUCCCCUGGGUCCAGUAAAGAAUGGAGCUUUUCCUUGGCCCACUUUUUGCCAUUAAUGUAUUUAUAAAACCACUUUUUAUUAUUUUUUACAGAAAUGACCAAAUUUAGUUCUAACUGAGCUUUUGCCACUCAGAUUUUCUUUCUACUUGACCUAAAAACAUCCAUAAACACUUCCUGAGCUGCCUGCCUCUUUUUCCAGAGGUGGUUCCCCUGGUGGGCUCAUCAGCUAUGCCAGGAAGUGAAGUUCUCAUCCACACACUCCAGGGCCCUCCCAGGCUGCCCGUGCUGUGUUGGGUUUCCAGCAGACACCCUGCAGGUCCCUCCUUCUUCCUUCUUUCUCCCUCUUUAGGAACUGAUCCUGAUGGAAUAUGUUAUGGAAUAUCCCUUUGGGGUGCCCUAACCCUAACCUUGGGGUCAGCUGUGCUGUCUGUGUCUACUCCCAACUACCCAAGAACCCUCUUGUGGUUCCAGCCCCAGCCAGAAAUUAAGCACCACACAGCCCUUGCUCAACACCCUUCUCUUCCCCUCCACCCUGGUGGAGUGGGGAGGAGAAUCAAAAGUAAAACUUACAGGUUUAGAGAAGUUUAAAAUUUAAUCAUUUAGAGAAGCUUAGUAACUGAAAGUCAAAUACUGUAAUAGUGGCAAAUAAUAAUGAUAGUGUUGAUAAUACAACUGAAGAGAAAAGAAACCAAACAAACAAUACAAGUGCUCACUACCAACUGACUAACAAUGCCAGAGCUGCCUUUCUGAACCCAGAUCAGGCCCUGUUCCAGGUAACUGCCCCAGUUUAUAUACUGGGCAUGCCAUUCUCUGAUGUGGAAUAUCCUUUUGGCCAAUUCGGGUCACCUGUCCUGGCUGCGCUCCCUCCCAGUUUCUUGUCUGUACCUUCUCACUGACAGAGCAUGAGCCCCAAAAGAAAAAAGAAAUCCUUCACUUAGGAUAAAGAGGACUUAGCAAAAACAAAACCAUCAGUAUUUUGUCAAUAUUCUUCUCCGUCUAAAUCAAAAACACAGCACUGUACCAUCUACUGAGAAGAAGUUAAGUCUAUCCCAGCCAAAGCCAGGCCAUCCCCCAGCCCCCUCACCAGCGUGGCAAUGUGAGAAGCAGAAAAGGCCUUGAUGCUGUGCAAACACUGCUGAGCAAUAAGAAAAACAUCCCUGUAGUAUCAACAUCCUUUCCAGCAGAAAUCCCAAACACAGCCCCACUCUGGUCACUAAAGCAAAUUAACUCAACCCCAGUCAAAACCAGCACACUGAGCAACAGGUUUUGAACUAUUUUUUACAGUACAGAGAGAACAAAAUUCAAGCACCAAAUCCUGCUAGCUAUUUCCAGUAAUAGUACAAAAGGUCAUUUUUCCAAAUGGCUAAACUGCACCCCCAGGCUUUCAGAAUUAUGUGCUGUGUCAUUAUUAAGAAAAAUUUCAUUGCAUUAAGAAGCAGCCAUUGCUUUUAAAAAAGACAGAGGCAGAGGGUUAAAAAAAAAAAACAAAAAAAAAAAAAACAAAAAACCAAGAAAACCU